UGUCGCCAUGCCAACGGGGAUAUUCUGACGAUGACAUUCCCCGCCCGAUUGCAGCUACCAUUGGCGAACCACUGUGCAGUCGUCAGGGUGGCAGGGAGGAAGCUAAAUUUCUGUGUUAAAGCGUGCAAACAGUUCCAAGGUUUCGCUCCGCGCGAAGUCAAAGCGUACCGCGCCCCGAGUGCUCGCGCUCCAUCCGAUGGCGAAGGCAAGCUUCGGCACCCCGUCCACCCCGUACUCGGUGCGAACGAUGAACUUCCGGCACUGGCAGCAUCUGGACAAACCGGCCGCCUAUUUCCGCUCCGUCCUGCGCAGCGAGUCGCAGAUGUCGCUGAAAACGCUCGCCUCGCUACAGUCGGCGAAAAGUGUGCCGGCACCGAAACCAGUCGAACCGUGCCCGCGGCCCGUCUCCUCCAGCCCGAAGACGAGCCUGGUGGAGACGAUCCGUGCGAUCCAGUGGAGUAACCUGCAGCCCCAUUUCACCACCACGAACGCGCUGCAGUUUGUGCGCCAGCUGCCCUCGAACGCGGCGGCCGCCUACCGGAUGGUACUCGAUUCGCGUGAAUACGAACUGGUGCGCAAUGCGGCCGUCGCCACGUGCCAGCUAACGGUGCGCAUCGGCCGGACGGCUUACCUGUGGCUGGGACUGUUCCUGGAGUCGCGCGAAUACUACUACCUCCGGUACUACACGCUGCUGGCGCUGGAGCAAAGCAUCGUUUGGCUGCGCUACGGAUUGCGUGCCACGUUCGAUUUGAUCCGCAGUUGGACGGCUAAGAAGUAAGCCGAAAAGGCUGACCUCGAAGGAAUGGUAUACAGGUACAAACCCUUUAUCAAAAGAACAGUUCACUCCAAACGCACCAACCCACACACA